GUUUUAGUUAAAAAUUCUCAUGAAAAGAGGAAGAUGAUCAUUUUUUUUUUUUUAUUAAAUCAAUUACGAAUUUAUUACAAACCUAACAGACCGGAUUUACCAAAAAAGGAAAGAACUACUGGAAUUAUACGUUUAUCGGGAAGUUUCUAUAUUAAUUCAUGUAGCCAUUUGAUCAAAAUAUUACCUCAUGAGAAAAUCGUUAAUUUUAUAAAAUUAUGCGUAUUUGCGUAUUGUUCUUUUUAGUUUCGAUAAACAUCAUAAAUUUUUUGAUAUAAAAAUGCAGCGAUUAGUUUUAUUCCCAUUAAAUUUUUUUUCUUCGAUUUAUAGUAUUAUACUGCAGCUGCAACUCAGUAACUAAAUGAUGUCGGAUAACGAAGGCGACGAUAACGUUCUUGUUCGUGUUAUGAAUAAUAUAGUGCUAGAUGAUGAUGAUGAUGAUGAUGAUGAUGACACGUCAGAUGAUAGUGAUGACAACGAUUUUAUUCGUAUAAUUCCUAGAGCUAAAAUGCCAGAUGACGAAAAAGAAAAUGAAAAAAGUGAUGAUGUUGUUAUUGACGAUGAUGACAAGAAUAUUCGUGUGGUUGCUGCUAUAGAUUUCGGAACUACGUAUUCGGGAUUCGCUUACGCAACUAAAUCAAAUCCAUCAAAUAUAUACGUACAUGAGAAAUGGCAAGAGUAUUCUGGUCGUGAUUAUAAAACUCCAACAGUGUUAAAAUAUGAUGAUUCAUUUAAUGUUAUAUCUUGGGGAUAUUCCGCAAUGGCUAGCUCAUCAAGCUCAUCAAAAAAUAAUAAGAAAAAUAAAAAGAAAAAGAAUAAAGAACAAGCUUGUGAUUUUAAACUCGCAGAAAGGUUUAAACUAAAAUUACGUCCGAAUAAAAAAACGGAUAAAAUUUAUUUACCAGAAGGUUUAGAUUAUAAAAAAGCUAUAAUUGAUUAUCUUACAAAAAUACGCGAAGUUAUGCAAAAUCUUUUAGAAAAAUCUCGUAAAAUUGACUUUUUCAAACAAGUUUUGAUUAUUAUGACGGUACCAACUGAAUUCGAUAAUCGUAGUGUAACCAUCAUGCGCGAAUGUGCGUUUAAAGCUGGGCUAAUUAAGCAAAUGACUAGUCCACGUUUGAAAUUUACAACUGAGCCCGAGGCUGGUGCAAUUAAUUGUAUGAGUUUCCUAAAAGAUCUGAAUGUCGGUGUUGAAAAAACAUUUAUGCUUGUUGAUUGUGGCGGUGGUACCGUUGACUUAACAACUCGAAGACUCUUAAAGGAUAAUAAACUUGGUGAAACGAUCAAAAGUAGAGGCGGUGAUUGUGGUGGAAGUUUUGUUGAUGAUAAUUUUAUUGAAUUUCUUGCUAGUAAAGUUGGUCAAUCAGCAAUUGAUCUUAUUAGGAAAAUUCAUUAUAGUCAAUUACAAUAUGCGGUACAGGAAUUUUGUAGACGUGCCAAAUAUCCGUUCACUGGGCAAGAAAAUGAUUUUAAACCAUUUGAAUUAGACUUAACAGAAUAUUUUCCGGAUAUUAAGCAAUAUGUUAAAGGAUCUGAACGCGUUGAAAUGGAAAAAGAAGAAUGGAAUAUUGAAUUGAAAUUUGAUGAUGUUAAAAAAAUGUUCGAUCCGGUAAUAGAAAAAAUUAUAGAAUUGAUUAGUAAACAUCUUGAUGAAAGUAAUGAUGUUUCAGCGAUGUUGUUAGUCGGUGGAUUCAGCGAAUCUAAAUAUUUGCAAGAAUUGAUUAGUCAAAAAUUCCAAGAUAGAUUGCAAAAUAAAAUAUAUUUUCCUGAACAUCCUGCAACGGCAAUUGUUGAAGGAGCUGUAAAAUAUGGAUUGAACCGUGAAGUCAUUGCCACUCGUGUAUUAAAAUGGACAUAUGGAACUGAUGUCGCUCGUAAAUGGAAAUCAGACGAUCCGGAAGAACGAAAGCUUCCCGGUAGUAAUCAGGUUAUUGAAUUCUCACAAUUAAUAGAAUGCGAGAAAGAAAUUCCGAUUAAUAAAGUAGUUUCAAGAAUAUUUACACCAGGCUGUAUAUUUCAAAGAAAAAUGGGUUUAGAUAUUUAUAUUACCGAAGAACAUGAUGCAGAUUUUUGUGAUUCUCCUGGUGUGAAACUACUUGGUAAAUGGUCUAUUAAAUUACCUAUAACACUAGGUCUAAGACCUGUUUUAUUUUUAUUAGUUUUUGGAGAGAUUGAGAUCAGUGCUAUUGCUAUAAAUUUAGAAACAGGUCGCAAACAUAAAACUAGAUUUGAACUGCUAGAACUUUAAGACAAAUGCUAUAGCUAUUAAACAGAGAUACUGAUCGUAAAACGUUUAAAUUAAAUUUGACGAAGAUUUAUUAUAAUAUUUAUUUUUUAUAUAAAAAUGUAAGAUAUUAAUAUCAUAUACAUAUCAUUAAAAAAUUUUAAAUUCUUUACCAACAAUUGUGUCAAUUAAAACCGUCCUGUAAUGAUUUAAUUUAAUGGUUUACUGCAAAUAGCAAAAUUAUAGAUAGAUAUUAUAAUGGCUUUUUGACCUUAUUACUAGCAUGAAUCGCAAAGUUCUGUAAAAGGAAUAUUUAAGAAUGGUUAUUAUAAUUGUUAUGCUGACAUUCGUUGCUUCAGAGUAUCACGUGCCCUUC